AUGGCGCCAUUAGCGUCGAAUAAAUAUCGGUCAUCCCCCGGAAGGCCCCCUAAAACCCAACCCAAAGCGGUGCUGAAAGGCACCCAGAACUCAAACGCUACUCCCGGCGACGGACCACCCCUCAAGAAGCGGAAAUACGUCCCUGGUGGACCGGGUGGUGGAGGUAGAUACAUCGAGCUUGAUGUGCGAGAAACGAAGCCGCCUAAGCCGGCGAAGCCUGCGAGACCACCCAAACCGGCCAAACCGGCGCCAGCUGCACGCAACUCCACCCCCCGAACCCGCCAUGCACGAGAAGCCGAAGUGCAACACUUGCAGCUCCCCCCUCCUCCACCCCCCGUCCCAACGACACCUCCAUCUGCGCGCCUCACAAGAGACAAAAGCCAAAGUCGGGGCGGCCGUUUCGGCUCCUCGACCGCUGCUGCUCUCGCUUUACAACAAGGAGAUGGAUAUAAACCACGGGAAGAGCGAGGGUGGGAAGAAUUUCACCCGGACCUGGAUAUUGAAACGAAGUUUGUCGUCUUCCCUGCGGAGGAGGUGGAUAAGCCAGCUCCGUCCGCGCAUGUAGCCCAUAUCCUGUCUCCGAAUGGCCUCAACCUCAGCAAUGAUAAAGACCCGUUAGCUGAACUUAUCCGAGCUCAUGCCAAUGGCACGUCACCUACACCGAUCAAACGCCGCCCAGGCCGCCCUCCCCGCCGUCCUGAGGCCAUUCUAAACGCCCUCGGCAUUACACCACAACCAAAAGUUGUUCCACCUCCUGGUCCAAACCCUCGCGAGAGGCUAACUCUUCCUAAGCCCUCGUUCCGACUACGAGAUGCAUUUGUUUUCUACGAUAAACCAGGAGUAGGCCAACAAAACUAUGUUGACCGGACAAUGGCAAGCGUGGGAUACCAGGAGACUGACCUUUUCCUUCGCCACGAUCGUCGAUUGAUUCGGGUAACUGAGGCACCACAGGAGGACGAUCUCGAUGCUGUCAACCCUGUGGGAACUGAGGAGGAGCCCAACACGUCCGUUGGAAGAGUAGAAUACGACAUGGAUGAGCAAGACGAGAAGUGGCUAGAGGACUAUAAUGCCAAGCGGAGAGAGGAUCAACUGGAGCCCAUCAAACCCGCUGUCUUCGAAAUUACCAUGACCAAGAUUGAGAAAGAGUGGCAUGCGCUCGAGAAGCGCAUCCCAAAACCAAACCCCAAACCUCCCCAGACGCAACGGCCUCGUUCGAGCUCUGCCGCUGCUGUGAAUGGCGAAACCACGGGGCCAGGAGAGGAUCAAGACAGCAAAUGUGCGAUUUGCGAUGAUGGCGACUGUGAGAACUCCAAUGCUAUUGUCUUCUGCGAUGGGUGCGAUCUGGCAGUGCACCAGGAGUGCUACGGCGUACCAUUCAUCCCCGAGGGCCAAUGGCUGUGUCGUAAAUGCCAACUGGUUGGGAGAGGAGCUGUCAACUGCAUCUUCUGUCCCAACACCGAGGGUGCCUUCAAACAGACUACCACCUCGAAGUGGUCUCAUCUGCUUUGCGCUAUAUGGAUCCCUGAAGUGUCUAUUGGCAAUCCCUCGCUGAUGGAGCCGAUCACCGAUAUCGAAAAAGUACCCAGGAGCCGUUGGAAACUUCAUUGCUAUAUUUGCCGACAGCGAAUGGGUGCAUCGAUUCAGUGCAGCAACAAGAACUGUUUUGUCGCAUUCCAUGUGACUUGCGCCCGACGGGCUCAGCUCUACCUGAAGAUGAAGUCCGGUCACGGAUCUCCCGCAGUCAUGGAUACUCACCUGCUCAAGGCAUUCUGUGACAAACAUGUUCCCCCUGAGUGGCGCAGGGAACAUGGAACGGACGCGGCUACCGCUGAAGCCAUGGAAUUCUAUCGUACUACUAUGCAAGGCCGACGGUGGGGUGACAGUCAAGCUGCCGCGUUAGCAUUAGAGCCAUCACACCCCCUCGGGUGUGAACAUCAUGACGACGAGGCACUGCGGACUCAUACGCCACGCAUUACGCUUACAGUUGGUGGGAAUAAAAGAAAACGGCCUACUGUACCGAAAACUAUCUGGAAAUUGCCGUCUGGCGCUCCUGUAGUACCGCACGUUGUCCUAAAUGCCAUUGCAGCCUCCCUUCAGCGUUUCGGUGUGCGUCAGAGAAAGCAGUAUGCUGAGGAUGCGUGCAAGUACUGGACACUCAAGCGCGAGGCGAGAAGGGGAGCCGCAUUGCUGAAGCGUUUGCAACUACAGCUGGAGACCUUCUCAUCUAUGGAAAUGACCAGGAGGGACUACGUCGCCAUGGGAGCUGCCGGAGGCAAGCGGCUCCAACGCCGCAUUGAGUUUGGUGAGCGCCUAUAUGACGAUCUCGAUCGGUUGAGAACGAUGUGCGAUGAAGUCAAGAAACGUGAGAGGGAAAAGUUGAAGGAUGCCGAAACUCUUCGGAGUAUUGUCGACACCGUCUACUUCCCUAUCUUCCCCUUACUCUGGCCUAUUUUUGACAAAGCUCAAGGACUUGACGGCAAGGGUAUCUUCAGACAGGGGUUGACUUCGAUACGCACCAAGCUGGAAGAGCGCCAGUACACCUCCGUUUCUGCCUUCUCCGCUGAUCUUGCUCGCGUGUUCACCUCGGAGAUUGGGGUCCAGCCCGCUGGAGACACCGCCGAACUUCAAAUGCAGAUCAGCGGGCGCGCUCCGGAACUCAGCCUAGAACAGCGCGAGAAACGGAAACUGGCCAAGCGCAUUAUCAAAUUCAUUCAGCCUGCCCUAGAGGAAGCGAUCAAGAAAGAAAGCGAGCUGAACCGUAAGCCCUUCGAACAAGAGCUUAAGGAAUUGGAUCUUAUGCUCGAGAACAGCGUUAUGUCGCGAAGGGGUUCCCAAGCCGAGUCCCCAGCGGCUGGUGACGAAGGGCCGGGCAAACCAGAGGUCAAUGGAGAUGUGGAGGUGACUGCUAAAUCGGAGCCCUCUGAUGGUACCGAGGUUACCGCCUUGCCCCAACAGUCCGUUGAUAGCGCUAUGCCAGAUGCAGACCAAGCCCAAAAUCCCGAUAGUGCUUCAGGCUCUCAGACUCAGAAAGUCCCCGGGGUUGGAGUAUCCACUCCGACGGUCGAAGGUGGAUCUAGCAAGCAAGAGAACCCGUCUGCUAAUGCACCUUCCACCACUCUUGAAGCACCACCCGCCGCAAAUGGAAUGGCAGACAAACCAGAAGAGAAUAAUCUAGGGCCCACCGAUCAGCCUACUGAACCACAGACAGAGCCGUUGACACCCCCUCCCAGCUUCAAGGGAGACCAACAGCUUCCUUUAGCGCAAGGUGGCAUCCAGUGGUAUAUGCAACCGUUCGAUCCUGUGGGCACUACUAUCCAUGAAGAGCGAUGGACGGGCCGGGAUGUCAUGCGCGGGAUGAGUGAAGAACUGAGUGAGCUUGACGAGGAGGAGCUGAAAGACUUGGUCGACGAUGAACUCGAGGGGGCGAUGGGCACUGCCAUCGAGGGGUCCACCACCGACACUGGACCAGAUGCUGCACCGGAGCAGGCCGUCAAGGUGUAUCGAACUCGGCGACGCUGGCGUGGAUUUAAAUAG